CGGCGACCAUCCUUCUUUGAAGACACCUCUCAUUUGGUUUUCCUACAACGAUCCUUUUGACAUUUGUUUGAAACUGUCCAGCACGACAUAUACGAGGUAGAUAUACCACAACGGUUCUUGGCUGCAGAGAGGUGGCAUACUUCCGCACAAUUCGCUACUAUACCCGAGGAUCAGGCGCUCGACAAUUGCUUGUAUUUUGAUCAAUCGCCUCACCGGACAACCCAAAGCUACUGAAUUCAUAAAGAAACUCAAGAAAAGCGGACAAUCAUGUCGUCCCCCAGGAGACGGAUAGAAACCGAUGUUAUGAAAUUGUUGAUGAGUGACUAUGAGGUGACCCUUGUGAAUGAUAACAUGCAAGAGUUUUACGUCCGAUUUCAUGGUCCAAAAGAUACUCCUUUCACUGGUGGCGUAUGGAAAGUUCACGUGGAACUUCCUGAUCAGUAUCCGUACAAGUCGCCGUCAAUUGGCUUUAUGAACAAGAUAUUUCACCCGAACAUUGAUGAACUGAGCGGAUCAGUGUGCUUGGACGUAAUCAAUCAAACAUGGUCCCCAAUGUUUGACAUGAUCAAUAUUUUUGAAGUCUUCCUCCCACAACUCCUUCGUUACCCAAACCCCACAGAUCCCCUCAACGGUGAAGCAGCGGCCUUGUUGAUGCGUGAACCUACCGGCUAUGAAGCCAAAGUCAAAGAAUACGUUUCCCGAUAUGCAACCAAGGAAGCUGCCGAUGCAGCAACGGAUGAGAGUGGGUCCGAGGAUGAUAUGAGUUCUGUAGGGUCAUUUUCAGAUGAGGAUGCGCCAGGUUUGGAGCUGUGAUUCGCGAGCUGGAGCGGUGAGCAUGGGUUGGGCAUGUUAGGUUAGAGCGCUGCGUUGUACUAGGUGUCCUGUCAAAAAGGCCUUUUUCGCAAAACAGUUACUUGCUUUGGAAUAGUUGUUUUUGAGUUCAUCUAGAAAUUGGGUCGAUCAAAUUGAGCUCGUUCUGUGCCUGUCGUCCUUGUACAUUCCAAAA